AUGCCCUGCUCCCUGCGCGCACGCCUGAGCUCGCCACGCCCGCGCGCGCACCUGCCUCGGCGCCGCCCGCGCACGCGCGCGCGCCCCCGCUCCCGGCCUCCCCUCUGGCCCGCGCACCCGCCGCGCCAAGCACCGCCGCUGCGCAAGCGCUGCUUCGCGCGCACACGCACGUGCGUGCUCCAUGCGGCCGGGUCACCUGCCGCGCCGCCCGCCGGGACGCCCGCUGCCAAGCCACCUGCCGCCACUCCCCCGCCCAGGAACGUGUUGCACGCCGUGCCGCCCGCCGCUGGCGCCCUGCCCUGCCCACACGUGCCAGGCCACUGCUCCCAUGUGCGGCGCCCUGCCUUCGCCGCCGGCCGCCCCUGUGCUUGCACAGCGCCGCCUGCUGCCGCUCACACCUGCCCGAAGCGUCCCGUCACCUCUGCGCCCGCCUCACCACCCGUGCGCCACUCCACGACGGCCGCAAGUAGCCGGAGCGCCACUAAAGUCACCCCGCGCCGCUCGCCGGCCGCCACCGCCGCGUUCCACCGCCCCACCGCCUUGCUCGUCCUAUAA